AUGCCGUCUCUCGAUAUCAUCGAUCACUCACCCCACCACCCGGACCCGUCACCACCAAUUCCGACGGCAUCCAACUUGAUUCUCAUCGACAAUUACGACUCUUUCACCUGGAACGUCUACCAGUACCUGGUUCUCGAAGGCGCAAACGUCACCGUCUUCAGAAAUGACAAGAUCACGCUCCCUGAGUUGAUUGACAAGAAGCCAACUCAAUUGAUCAUUAGCCCUGGACCUGGACAUCCCGAGACCGACUCUGGCGUUAGUCGAGAUGCCAUUAAGCACUUCGCCGGCAAGAUCCCCAUUUUUGGAGUUUGCAUGGGUCAGCAGUGCAUUUUCGAUGUCUACGGAGGAGAGGUUGGGUCCGCAGGAGAAUGGCUCCACGGCAAGACGUCUCCUCUGACACAUGAUGCCAAGGGUGUGUACGCUGGCCUGCGCCAAGGUCUCCCGGUCACCAGGUACCACUCGCUCGCCGGCACUCGUGUUACUCUGCCGAGUUGCCUCGAAGUCACUUCCUGGGUUGCCACGGCAGACGGCUCACCGGGCAUUAUUCAAGGUGUUCGACACAAGGAGUACACGAUCGAGGGUGUUCAGUUCCAUCCCGAGAGUAUUCUUACCGCCGAUGGUCGUACCAUGCUUCGAAACUUCCUGCAGCUUCAGGGCGGCACUUGGGAGGAGAACGAGAAGCUUAAAAAGGGCUCCGCUGCGAGUGGUGAGUCCAAGGUGGUGGCCUCCGCGCCAGCGAAGAAAAACAACAUCUUGCAGCAGAUCUACGCCCACAGGAAAGCAUCCGUUGCCGCUCAAAAGUUGAUUCCCUCGCAAAGACCCGCUGAUCUCCAAGCCGCCUACGACUUGAACGCCGCUCCGCCUCAGGUCUCUUUCGUCGACCGCUUGCGUCAGACCCCGUUCGAUGUUUCCCUCAUGGCAGAGAUCAAGAGAGCCUCGCCUUCUAAGGGUAUCUUUGACAUCAACAUCAACGCUCCUACGCAGGCAAAGAAGUAUGCUCUUGCCGGCGCCAGCGUCAUCUCCGUCCUUACCGAGCCAGAGUGGUUCAAGGGAAGCAUCGAGGAUCUUCGUGCCGUCAGACAAGUUCUGAAUGGCAUGCCCAACAGACCAGCUAUCCUUCGCAAAGAGUUCAUCUUUGAGGAAUAUCAGAUUCUUGAGGCAAGACUGGCCGGUGCCGACACCGUGCUUCUGAUUGUCAAGAUGCUGGAGACGGAGCUGCUGGAGAGGUUAUACAAGUACUCCCUGUCAUUGGGCAUGGAGCCGCUUGUGGAGGUGCAAAACGCCGAGGAGAUGACUACUGCACUGGAGCUGGGCGCCAAGGCCAUUGGUGUCAAUAAUCGCAACUUGGAGAGCUUCGAGGUCGACAUGAACACAACGAGCAGGCUGAGGAGUAUGGUGUCUGAGAACACCGUAAUCUGUGCCCUUAGCGGUAUCAACAGCCACAAGGACGUUCAAAUGUGCAAGAAUGACGGCAUCAACGCCAUUCUCGUUGGCGAGGCUAUCGUCAGAGCCCCUGACACCACCAAGUUCAUCAGAGAGCUGUGCUCCGGCUCAGACGCCGAGCCUGAGCCGGUUAAGACUCAACCUUUGUUCGUCAAGAUCUGCGGCACGAGGACGCCAGAGGCUGCUCUGGAGGCUGUGAAGUCUGGUGCCGACUUUGUCGGAAUCUGCCUGGUUCCUGGUGCCAAGCGCUGCAUAUCCGAUGAGACGGCCGCGGCGAUUUCAGAGGCAGUCCACUCAUAUACGCCUGCAGCGACCCGGCAAGAGUCAAGGAUACCCACAAAGUCUGCAACAGACUACUACACGGCGUCGGUCUCCAGACUAUCAAGCUCUCGCCCGCUGCUCGCGGGUAUCUUCCAAAACCAACCACUGGACGAGGUCUUGGAGAAGCAGAAGCGCUUCAACUUGGGUAUUGUACAGCUCCAUGGAAAUGAGCCUAUCGAGUGGGCAAACCUCAUUCCCGUCCCCGUCAUUCGCGCGUUCAAACCCAACUCCAUCGGCCUAGGUCUGCGCGGCUAUCACACCAUCCCAUUGCUCGACUCCGGUGCGGGCUCUGGUAAGCUUCUCGACGUCUCUAGCGUCAAGGAAAUUUUGGCGAAGGACCCUGAGCUGCAGGUCAUUCUGGCGGGUGGUCUGAACCCAGACAACGUGAUCGAGGCGGUCAAGGCAGUUGGAGAAUUUGGUGAUCGCAUCGUCGGCGUUGACGUGAGCAGCGGCGUUGAGGAGGACGGCAAGCAGAGCCUGGACAAGAUCAGAACAUUCAUCAAGAAUGCGAAGGGCUUCAGGUAG